GGUGGUGAAGGAAGAGAUCUUUGAUGACAACGCCAAGCUGCCCUGCUUCAAUGGCCGGGUGGUCUCCUGGCUGGUCCUGGCCGAGGGUGCUCACUCAGACGCGGGGUCCCAGGGCACCGACAGCCACACAGACCUGCCCCCAGCCCUUGAACGGACAGGUGGCAUUGGGGACUCCCGGCCGCCUUCCUUCCACCCAAACGUGGCCCCCAGCCGCGAUGGCCUGGACAACGAGACUGGCACAGAGUCCAUGAUCAGUCACCGGCGGGAGCGGGCCCGGCGCCGGAACCGUGAGGAGGCCACCCGCACCAAUGGGCACCUGAGGGGGGAUCGGCGGCGGGACCUUGGGCUGCCCCCAGAUAGUGCGUCCACUGUGCUGAGCAGUGAGCUGGAGUCCAGCAGCUUCAUCGACUCAGAUGAGGAUGACAACACAAGCCGGCUGAGCAGCUCCACAGAGCAGAGCACCUCCUCUCGACUUAUCCGCAAGCACAAGCGCCGGCGCCGGAAGCAGCGCCUGCGGCAGACAGACCGGGCCUCCUCCUUCAGCAGUAUCACCGACUCCACCAUGUCUCUGAAUAUCAUCACCGUCACGCUCAACAUGGAGAGGCAUCACUUCCUGGGCAUCAGCAUCGUGGGCCAAAGCAAUGACCGGGGUGAUGGCGGCAUCUACAUUGGUUCCAUCAUGAAAGGCGGGGCUGUGGCUGCUGAUGGCCGCAUCGAGCCUGGUGACAUGCUGCUGCAGGUGAAUGACGUGAACUUUGAAAACAUGAGCAAUGAUGAUGCCGUGCGGGUGCUCCGGGAGAUCGUGUCCCAGACGGGGCCCAUCAGCCUUACAGUGGCCAAAUGCUGGGACCCGACCCCCCGGAGCUACUUCACCGUCCCAAGGGCUGACCCUGUGCGACCCAUCGACCCAGCCGCAUGGCUGUCCCACACAGCGGCGCUGACGGGUGCCCUGCCCCGCUAUGGUACGAGCCCCUGCUCCAGCGCUGUCACGCGCUCCAGCUCCUCCUCACUAACCAGCUCAGUGCCUGGCGCUCCACAGCUGGAAGAAGCGCCACUGACGGUGAAGAGCGACAUGAGUGCCAUUGCUCGGGUCAUGCAGCUGCCAGACUCGGGGCUAGAGAUCCGUGACCGCAUGUGGCUCAAGAUCACCAUUGCCAACGCUGUCAUUGGAGCGGACGUGGUAGACUGGCUGUACACGCAUGUAGAAGGCUUCCGGGAGCGGCGCGAGGCCAGGAAGUAUGCGGGCAGCAUGCUGAGGCGCGGCUUCCUGCGGCACACGGUGAACAAGAUCACUUUCUCUGAGCAGUGCUACUAUGUCUUCGGGGACCUGUGCAGUGAUCUCGCAGCCCUGAAUCUCCACAGUGGCUCCAGCGGAGCCUCGGAUCAGGACACCCUGGCCCCGCUGCCCCAUCCAGCUACAGCCUGGCCCCUAAGCCAGAGCUACCCCUACCAGUACCCUGGGCCCCCACCCUGCUUCCCGCCCGCCUACCAGGACCCUGGCUUCAGCUAUGGCAGUGGCAGCGCUGGGAGCCAGCAGAGUGAAGGGAGCAAAAGCAGCGGGUCCACCCGGAGCAGCCGCCGGGCCCCAGGCCGAGAGAAGGAGCGUCGGGCGGCUGGAGCUGGGGGCGGGGGCAGUGGCAGUGAGUCGGACCCUGUGGCACCCAGCAGGUUGGGCAGCACCGGCUGGCGGGAGCGUCCUGUCAGCCAGCUCAGCCAGGGCAGCAGCCCACGUAGCCAGGCCUCAGCCGUUGCUCCGGGGCUCCCUCCACUGCAUGCCCCAACAAAGGCCUACACAGUGGUGGGUGGACCCCCUGGGGGACCACCUGUCCGGGAGCUGGCUGCUGUCCCCCCAGAACUGACUGGCAGUCGCCAGUCCUUCCAGAAGGCCAUGGGGAAUCCCUGUGAGUUUUUUGUGGACAUCAUGUAACUGGUGGCCAGUGCCUUCAGCCCUGUCCAAGGCGGGGCACCCUGUCCUGCUGCACUGGGAGCCAGUGGGAUUGCCUUAGUGGUGGCCAGCUGGGGAUGGGCCAGCCGGGGGCUCUGGGCCUGGUAGGCAGUGGACGCAGGCUGGAGGGCAGCCACCUCCUCUUGGGGUCCCAGUACAGUGAGCAGCUGUGUCUCUGCAGACCCUUGGGAGGAACCAUCUUUUCCUCAGGCAGGUCUGACCUGCCCCUUCAGCAUGUGGCUCUGGGGCCCCUAAUUGAAGGUAACCCUUGGGGGCUCUGUGUCAACCCCUAGAGCGAUGCAGAUGCCUCUCUGGACUGGCUUGAAGCCCCUCCUCACCCAGCUCACUGGCCCCGCCUGUCUCACCAGGCAGUGCGUCUCCAGGCCCCUCUGGUCACUCACAGUGGGAUCUAACUUAUUUAUUUAUUGCUGCCCUGCCUGCCAUGGGGGUGGCAGCUGGGCAGUUGUCCCCGCCCCGCCCAGCCAGGGUAGUUUGCAUGUUCCGGCUCCACUCUGGGACUCAGAGCAGGUGUGAGGGACGCAGGUCAGAACGGAAGGUGUGGAAUGUGGGGAGCUGGGAGGGGCCCUGCAAACUGCACAAGGUCUUGCUGCAGGCAGAUGGGGUCUUGGGAAGGAGCCAGCCUGGCCUGUCCUUGCUGUCCAUGGGCUGCCUGCCUGUGCCGCUGCCUUCUUGGCACACCUGGCCUCCGCACAUCUGCGCUGUAGAUACUGUGUCAAAGUCCAAGUAUCUGGGUAGUUCACUAGAGCUGCUUCUGUGUAAAUGCUAUUUUAAACACUAAAAAGCAUUUAAUUUUA